AUGGCAACAAGUGGUAAACAGCCUCGAUCCUCCUACUUCUCCCCAGUGGAGUUGGAAAUAUUAAUGACUGCGUAUGCAGAAACCAACAGAAAAAAGGCUGAGGCCCGCAAAACAGGUGGCGGUCCACCACCACCACCUCUCACAGAGGCUGAAAAGAUGGCCCUCAGUCAGAACAGUGGACGACCCAUUGCUGAGGGCAUCUCUGGGGGGAGUUCAUCGGACCCACCCACGCCCCAGGUCACAGGGGCCUACAUAAGAGUUACUGUUGGUGUAAUCUGUCUCGUUGAGCCUUCUGCCAUAACAGACCUCCAUGCUGUUGAGGAUGAUGAAGAAACCUUAUCAGCUGCCACAGAGAGGGAAGAUGCAGAGAGGCCUGCUGAAAGCCAUGCUGGAAAUUACAAUGGGGAAGAAGGUCCAUCAACCUCCACAGCACAGCUUACCUCACUCCCUGUGAAACAACUUUACAAGGUAUAUUUAGAAUCUCAAAUAAACAAAUCACACCUAGAAAUGGAGCACAUAAGGCUGCAGAUCACCAAAACAGAAAAGGAAAUACAACUGCUGGACCAUCAGUUAAAGGUGGGUGACGUGCCCACAGGUGGAUGUUUUUUAAUUGUUUCAACAACAAAGGAUUAACAACUGUACAAAAUUUGUCCUUCUAGGAAAUA